AUGAGUAUCUGCGAGCCUGCAUAUGCGAGAAGGGCUCCGCAGAUGCGGAGUAGUGAGGCGAAGGCUGGUUCCGCAGAAGCGAAGAAAGGGACCAAGAAGCGCGUCCGCAGGCGCGGAACCUGGAGCGCAGGUACUGGCCAUGGUGGCUUAAAUGGCUUCCGCAGAGGCGGGGCAUGGACCGCAGAAGCGCCCUACAUAGUUUAUAUGGGAGAAUUACCAGAAGAUGCAACCUUAUUGUUGGAUGAACAUCACAGCUUGCUUUCAGAGGCUAUUGGAGACGAGGCGAUAGCUAGAGAAUCUAAGAUACAUAGUUAUGGAAGGAGUUUCAAUGCAUUUGCAGCGAGAUUGUUGCCUGAUGAAGUAGAAAGAUUAUCGCAAAAAGAAGGAAUUGUGUCUGUAUUUCCAAAUACGGUGAGAAGACUUAGAACAACAAGAUCUUGGGAUUUUAUUGGAAAGACAGAGACAGUACAAAGGAAUCAACAAGCUGAGAGUGAUACAAUUGUUGGAGUCUUAGAUACAGGUAUAUGGAUGGGAUCACAAAGCUUCAAUGACACAGGAUUUGGACCUCCCCCUGCUAAAUGGAAGGGCAAAUGUGAUCAGGGUGUCAAUUUCACUGGUUGCAACAAUGGUUGUGAUGAUGGUAGUUUAGAUGGGAGCAAAGUGAAAGGAAACAUAGUUUUAUGCCUUGAAAAUAACGAUCAAGAUGCCAUUAUACAAAAAUAUGGAGGUGCUGGAGCUAUAAUGUCAACAGAUGAUUUUUCAGACACAGCUAUGUCCACUGUUAUACCAGCAACAUAUGUUCAUGAAGCUGAUGGUCACAAGAUUAAUCUCUACAUCAACACCACUAAGUCACCAACAGCAACAAUAUUUAGAUCAAGAACAAUUAACAUAACCGCACCCUUUAUACCUUCUUUUUCAAGUAGAGGACCUCAAACUAUCAGUCUCAACAUACUUAAGCCUCAUAUUGCUGCUCCAGGAUUAAGUAUAUUAGCUGCAUUUUCUGAAGUAAGAAAAUAUAAUUUGAUUUGGGGAACAUCAAUGUCUUGUCCUCACGCUGCUGCUGCAGCUGCCUAUGUUAUUAAGACUUUUCAUCCUGAUUGGUCCCAUGCUGCUAUCAAAUCUGCUUUAAUGACCACUGCCAAACCAAUGAAGAUUGAAGCAGAGGAGAAAGAAUUAGCUUCAGGCUCAGGACAAAUAAAUCAAACAAGUGCAUUGGACCCUGGAGUGACUCUAUUCAUGUUGUGA